CAACAACACCGCACGAACCGUCAUCCAACUGCUGGCAGAAAAAAAAAGCUCCGACGGUCGACUCGCAGCUGGAAGAACAAACACGCACACAACACCAUCGGUCCGUAAUUUUACUUCAGUGCCAGUUUUCUGCUCCGCUGAUUACCAUUUUCCUUCUGCCCUGCGGCAGGUUCUCUCCCCCCUGUGUGUGCGGGUCGUCGUUUGUCCUCGCGAUCGUCGUCGUCAUCGGGUCGGAACGGGUUCACCGUUGGUGGAUUUCUCUUGUGACGUUUUCGAUUUUUACGGAUCCGGAGGUUGGUGACCGUCGCGAGUGUGCCCCACUGAAAGAGGGGGUUUGUCCGUGGUGAAGAAGUGGUGUGAGGCGUAAAAUCAUUCUACCCUUUAAGUGCUCCCCGAGAGUGUGAGUAAUAGUUUGCUCGGAAGAAACAAGAAAAAAAAACAGUCACGCGGAUUCCGACUGUUCCAGGGCAGAAGAGCUGGGGCGGCCGCGGCAGGAUGAGGUCGCAGCUAAGCAACUUUAACGCCUCGCUGCUGGCGCCCGGCGGCAGCACGGCGUCACUGGGUUCCGGAACUCCCCAGCGGCCACCCCGCCGCAGGGCCCAAUCCGUGGGGAAUUCCGCCUACGGCAGCUCGCUGGCGCUGGCCUCUUCCACCCCGCGGGGUUCGCUGUUCAAUGCGAAUGACGAAGAAUCGACGCUGGUCCGGAUCAAGGUGGCGGCCGCGCAUUCGCUCACCAAGAAGGACAUCUUCGGCAACAGCGACCCGUACGUGAAGGUGGACGUGAACACGAUCGUCGGCGACGUCAACAUCGACUCGAUGGUCACCAAGACGAAGAAAAAGACCCUCAACCCGGUGUGGAACGAAGAGUUUAUCUUCCGGGUCAAACCCAACGAGCACAAGCUGGUGUUUCAGGUGUUCGACGAGAACCGACUGACCCGGGACGGCUUCCUCGGAAUGGUCGAGCUAACGCUGAUCAACCUGCCCCGCGAACAGGCAGGCCGCACAAUCCCCAACAAAAGCUACCCGCUGCGACCGAAGAAGAUAUCCGGCAUGCUGCGUUCCAAGAUCCGGGGCACGCUGGAGAUCUACCACGCCGUCAUGCGCGACCAGGACGCGGCCGGCCAGAACGCGUGGUCCGCCUCGUCCGCUGAUCAACCCUCGAACGCCACCAUGCGCGCGGCCCAAGCCGCCUCACAGGGCGCGGCCACCGCCCCCAACGAUGGGCUGCCGCCGGGCUGGGAGGAGCGCCAGGACGCAAUCGGGCGCACGUACUACGUGAACCAUGUGGCGCGAACGACGCAGUGGGAACGGCCGACGGCGUUGCCGGCCCAGCCGGGGGCGUUGAACGACACGGAGCGGUCGAACGUGGCCUUCCAGCGGAGGUUCCACAUUAGCAACGAUCCCAGUGAUUCGAGUGAGAGAGGAGGGGGAGGAGGAGGAGGAGCGAACAGCAGUGCGGGCCGCCACCAGCACGGUCAGCACGCUCAGUCCGGUCGAUUUGAGCCAACCGUUGGGAAUCUGGUCCCGCCGGACGCACACCCCGUCGACGAGCUUGCUCCGGUAGUCACAGUGCAUGAACUCGUUGUCCUCGGUGUCGUCCAGCAGGGUGUACGAGACGUUGUGCCGCUGGAACAGUUCCGUCACCUUCUGGACGGUGGCCAGAUCGAACCGAUUACCGCCGAAGAAGACUUCGCGCAGGUUCGGCUUGUCCAUGAUCAGUUCGGCACCGUUGAGCGUCGUCAGGUGGUUGUUGGAAAUGUCCAGGUAUUCGAGCAGCGGAAGCUUCAGCUCGGCCGCGUCGAGCGACUCCAGACUGUUGUCCGCCAGGCGAAUCCAGAUCAAACUGGGAGGGAGAUCCGCGCCGUGAAUCAUUUUGAGCUCGUUGUGGUUCAGAUUGAGCAACUUAAGUUUGGUCAAUCCGGCGAACGUGUUCGGUGCAAUGUGCUCGAUUUCGUUGCCGACCAUGUACAGCGACUCGAGAUUAACCAGGCUGCUGAUGUUGGUCAAGUUGGACACCUCGUUCCGGCUGAGAUCCAGAUAGCUCAACGCAGGCGCCAUCUCUCCCGGCUCGAGCCAAAACUCGCGCAGCGAAUUGUCCACAAAGUUGCCCAGCACCAGCUUCCGAGGGAUCUCCAGCGUCUUCAGUUUCACGUAGGUCAGUUCGAGUGCCUGCGGUUCGCCCAACUCUCGGAACAGCUGACCGUCCAGAAUGGGCACCAGCGACUGGAAGGUCCGCGUCGUGUCGGAUCCAAUGUGGACGUGCGAGUAGUUCUGCGGGAAGACGUUGUCCGUGGUGGAUCGGUUGUAGAAGACCUCCUGCAGGAUGCACAUGUCCUCGCCGGCCGGCGAAAUGCACCGGUGCUCGCGGACUACGCGACUUGCGUAGGACGUCGUGAUCAACAGGAAGCGCAGGGUCGCCACCAACGCGAUCGCCACCAAAACCACCGCCAAGCUCAUCGCCACGUCCUUCAGCACCGUCCGGGGUGGCUUGGGUUGGGCAAUGCAAACUCCUUCGUGAACGUCCUCACCAGCCGUACAACUCGCCUCGUCCGCCUCGUUCCGGAAGCUGAUGUUGCGGCGUUGGAACAGGAGCAGGGUUUGCUGGAGUUCGUACUUCUCGAGGGGGUUUCCGGCGAUACGGACGAGCUUCAGACUGGCUUUGGCAUCGCCAACAGCAACGCCGAUCCGUCGAUCGAUGUCAACGAAUUGCUCUCAAUGUUGAACGUUUCUACAAUCCGGGAAGCCAUGCCGAAGUGCUCGCGGCAACUCCAUCCGCUGGACGGCAUGUUCCAGCACUUCCAAGCACGCAGGUCGACCAAGCAGCUCGUGAAACUUGCCAUCAACGUUCAGUAUCUCGGUCGUGCUGCCAACCCGUCGGGAAUCGCUGACGAUGCGAAUGUGGGAGCGAUUGCGGGGGAAGCUGUGAACCACCUGCUCAUCGCCAGGUUUGUAGUGAAGGUGGCCCAGGAUGCAGAUGCCGGCCACCCACCGGGUGACCAGCACAAACACCACCCCGACCAUCACCACCAUCACGGUGAACACGACGGCCUGGGCCACUCCCAUCGGUUCGGCACUGCUCCCCGGCAGGCAAACCCCUUCCACGGUGUUUUCGUCGUGAAAGCAAGCCUCCUCGUCCGCAUCGUUCCGGAAGGUGAUGUUGCGCCGCCGGAACACACCCAGCGCUGUCCGCAGUUGAUCUUCGCCGAUGGAGUUGCCGGAGAUGCCGACGAUUUUGAGCGCGGGCAUGGCCAGAAUCAGUGCGGAGGCGUCGAUCUGCCUGAGGUGGUUCCGCUCGAGGUUGAGGGUUUCCAGGGCGGGGAACGUCCCUCGAACGGAAUCGACAUCAAGAUCCGGCGGACGUCGUCUGGAUCGUCGCGCUCGGUCACCAAGGUGGACCUGCUCAAGAGCAAGCUGUGGGUGGAGUUUGAGGGCGAGGCAGGGUUGGAUUACGGUGGGCUGGCGCGCGAGUGGUACCUGCUGUCCAAGGAGAUGUUCAACCCGUACUACGGCGAGUACUCGGCGAUGGACAACUACACGCAGAUCAACCCGUUGUUCAGCGGGCUGUGCGGCGAACAUCUGAACUACUUCAAGUUCAUCGGCAGGAUAGCGGGCAUGGCCGUCUACCACGGCAAGCUGCUGGACGCGUUCUUCAUCCGGCCGUUCUACAAGAUGAUGCUCCAGAAGCAGAUCGACCUCCGGGACAUGGAGUCGGUCGACGAGUACUACAACUCGUUGCUCUACAUCAAGGAGAACGAUCCGAGCGAACUGAUGUUGACGUUCAGCGUCGACGAGGAAAGCUUCGGAACGACCAGUCAACGCGAACUCAAACCGGACGGCGCCAACAUCGAGGUGACGAACGAAAACAAGGACGAGUACAUCCGGCUCGUGAUCGAGUGGCGGUUCGUCGCUCGGGUCAAAAGCCAAAUGCAGGCCUUCCUGGAAGGGUUCGGCUCGCUCGUUCCGCUCAACCUGCUCAAGAUCUUCGACGAGAACGAGCUGGAACUGCUGAUGUGCGGCAUCCAGAGCAUCGACGUCAACGACUGGAAGCGCAACACGCUGUACAAGGGUGACUUUUACGUGAACCACGUGGUCGUGCAGUGGUUCUGGCGGGCGGUUCUCUCGUUCAACAACGAAAUGCGCGCCCGGCUGCUCCAGUUCGUAACCGGCACCAGCCGCGUCCCCAUGAACGGCUUCAAGGAGCUGUACGGUUCGAACGGGCCGCAAAUGUUCACCAUCGAAAAGUGGGGCACGCCGGCGAAUUAUCCGCGGGCGCACACCUGCUUCAACCGGUUGGACCUGCCACCGUACGAGAGUUACUCCCAGCUCAAGGACAAACUGGUCAAGGCGAUCGAGGGCAGUCAGGGCUUCGCGGGGGUGGACUAAGGGAAGGCGAAACGGUGAACCCGUAAUACAUUCCUAGCUUUAAGAGAGAACCGGCCAUAAUUAUUUCGAGUCUCUUGGAGAAGGAGGAGGAGGAGGGAACCAAUCGGGAACAGAAAAGAGAGUGCCUUUUUUCGCUGACGGUGGAAAGAUUGCUUGUGAUUGUCUGUGAGUCAUUUUCGAAGAGAAGAUAAAUUUAGUAAGAUACCCCCCAGUGCAGCAGUCAGUGUGGUUAGGGAAGGUGUUUCUGUUCGGGAAGGCGUCAAAAGCUUUACAGGAGAUUCGAGUCCAAAAUAUGUUUUUAAUUAUUUCUUUUUUGUGAAAAUUACGCACAAGACUAGAGGAAAGAAGAAAUCAAACCGUUCUAUCCAUUAAGAAAGGGCUACAUGAAGAAUCACAAAGAUUAAAUGUAUUAUUAAAUUUUUAAUAAAAAGAAAUGCAAUAAUUUAACUUU